AUGGUUCGGCUCAAUAUCUUUGCCCUUAUGCCCUUUGCACUCGGGGCAACUGCAGCUGUGCUUGAUAUUCCAUCUGUUGAUGCUGCUGUUGCCGCUGCGCUAAAGGGCUACGGAAACUAUGAAGCCUACUCUGGCCCUCAAAAGAAGCCACCGCCUCAGGUAAACGGUAAAUUGAAACAAACCAAAGUGGCACUUGACGAUUCAUCCUAUUGGCUUGAAUCCAUAAGCCACCAGGGUGUUUCUGCCUUUGGCGCUUCUGGAUAUCAAAUCUUUCGCAAUGUCAAGGACUUCGGUGCCAAAGGAGACGGUGUUACCGAUGACACAGCGGCUAUCAACGCAGCCAUCAGCAGUGGCAACCGAUGUGGGCAGGGUUGUCCGUCCGACACGACAACCCCGGCAUUGGUCUAUUUCCCUUCGGGAACUUACAGGAUCUCGUAUCCCAUCUUUGACUACUACUAUACGCAAAUCAUUGGAGACCCCAACGACUUGCCCGUGAUCAAAGGAUCAUCGGAAUUCCAAGGUGGAUAUCUCAUCGAUGCCGACCCGUACUUCGGCUCGGAUCUCAACUGGGCAUCUACCGUGGUAUUUUUCCGAUCAAUUCGAAACGUCGUUCUUGAUCUUCGCGACAUUCCCCCUGGCAACACUGUUAGUGGCAUUCACUGGCCAACAGCUCAGGCAACUAGCCUCGAGAAUAUGGUAUUCGAGAUGAGCUCCGCGUCCGGGACCAAACACCAGGGUCUCUUCAUUGAAAGUGGCUCCGCCGGGUAUCUUGGCGACCUUGUCUUCAAUGGUGGAAAUAUUGGCGCCGCACUAGGCAAUCAGCAGUUCACGACCCGCAACUUGACAUUUAACAACGCCGUUACCGCUAUUAGCCACUAUUGGGAUUGGGGUUGGACAUACAAGAACAUCAAUAUCAACAACUGUCAAGUCGGGAUCGAUAUCAGCUCUGGCGGCCAUGAUGAGCAGAGUGUCAGUUCCAUUACCCUACUGGACAGCUCCAUCACGAACACCCCGGUCGGCAUCAUCACUUCGCGCGACUCCACCUCUCAACCUGCCACCGCAGGUAGUAUUAUCCUCGAGAACGUUUCCACCCAGAAUGUCCCGGUCAUUGUUCAAGGCCCGAAUCAGCAAACGGUUCUUGCGGGGCCCAGCCUUCACGUUGAUGCCUGGGGUCAAGGACAUCGCUAUACCCCGAAUGGACCGACUGUUUUCCAGGGCACGUUUUCCCCAAACAACCGUCCCGCAUCUCUACUUCAAGGACAGCAAUUCUAUGAACGCUCGAAGCCCCAAUACAAAAGCGCCACUACAUCCUCCUUCAGCAGCACCCGCAGUGGGGGAGCAAAGGGCGACGGAAAGACAGAUGAUACGGCAGCUCUGCAAAAAGUGAUCAACGAUGCUGCAUCCUCUGGUAAAAUUGUGUUCUUCGACGCCGGAUCGUAUCUUGUGACGAAGACCCUCGAAAUCCCUGCAAAUUCCAAGAUCGUGGGCGAAGCAUACCCGGUCAUUCUGUCCAGUGGAAGCUUUUUCAAUGACAUUGCCAACCCUAAGCCCGUUGUUAGAGUCGGGGCAUCUGGCGACAGUGGCCAGGUCGAAUGGUCUGAUAUGAUUGUCAGCACACAAGGCGCUCAGGCAGGUGCUAUUGCUAUCGAGUGGAAUCUGGCUUCCUCCUCCAAUAGCCCAUCUGGAAUGUGGGAUGUCCAUGUACGGAUUGGAGGAUUUGCGGGUUCCCAGCUUCAAGCUGCGCAGUGUCUUGCAACCCCAGGGACUGCUGUGACUUCUGAAACGGUAAACAAAAAUUGCAUUGCUGCGUUCAUGUUGAUGCAUAUCACGUCGUCGGCAAGUGGAUUGUACAUGGAGAACAACUGGCUCUGGGUUGCGGACCAUGAUCUCGACGGUAAUGGCCAGAUUACCAUCUACAGCGGCCGUGGCUUGAAUAUUGAGAGUACCCAGGGAAAUAUUUGGCUCUCCGGUACCUCAGUAGAGCACAACGUUCUUUACCAAUAUCAGCUCGCUUCGACAAAGAAUAUCUACAUGGGACAAGUCCAGACGGAGUCCGCGUAUUACCAACCCAACCCUCUGGCCACAACUCCUUUCCCGGUUGUUCCAUCACUUCAUGAUCCCGACUUUGCAGAUUACUGCUCAGGCAAAGGCGAGCAUUGCUCCGAAGGUUGGGGCCUGCGGGUCCUGGACUCGACAGAUAUCUUCGUGUAUGGUGCCGGCCUAUACUCGUUCUUCGACAACAACGAUGCUUCAUGCUCGGCUCAAGAUUCCGGGAGGAGCUGCCAGAACUCGAUUUUCAGUUUAAAAGGCUCGUCGUCGAUCAGCGUCUAUAAUCUGAACACCGUGGGCUCGGACAGUAUGGUUGAUAUUGAUGGUAGAAGUGCUGCCAAGCAGGCGGAUAAUGCGAAUGUCUUCAAUGAGAACAUCGCACUCUUCAGAAUGUGA